ACAUCAUCAAAUCAAUCUGAAUUGAAUCUGCAGAACUACACCACCCAAUUCCCUGAAAUAUUAACGUGAUGCAGUCACUUCACAAAAUCGCCACAACCCAAACUCUGAUAAACUUGGUUUUAGUCUCGUCUUCAUUUUGUGCCAUUUAUAUCCUCGUAUCAGUGGUACUAUUAGGAACACCAUCAAAGCUAGAAAACUUGCAUUCUUCAUCACAUAAUGUGUAUGAAUCUAAAACCACCACAACCCUUGACCAUCUUGUGUUUGGAAUUGCUUCAAGUCGGUCUUCAUGGCCUAAGAGGAAGGAAUACGUGAAGCUCUGGUGGAACACCAUACGCAACACAACAAUGAGAGGAUGCGUAUUCGUGGAUACACUUCCACAAGACAAAGAUAACAACAACAAUGCCAGUACCCUUCCUCCUCUCUGUGUCUCCCAAGACACUUCACGGUUUCGCUACACUUACAGUGGUUGGGGAGGGGGAAUGAGAUCAGCAAUUCGUGUGGCGCGUGUGGUGAAGGAGACAGUGGCACGGAUGAACCAUUCUCAUAUUAGGUGGUACGUUUUUGGGGACGAUGACACGCUCUUCUUCCCUCAGAAUGUGGUCAAAACGCUCUGCAAAUAUGAUCACAGGCUUUGGUACUACGUUGGUGCUAACUCCGAGAGUUAUAAGCAGACAUGGUUUUUUGGAUUUGGAAUGGGAUUUGGUGGGGCCGGUUUUGCUAUCAGUUCGUCUCUGGCAACAGUCUUGGUCAAGGUCUUUGAUUCUUGCAUAGAAAGGUACCCAGAACUGUAUGGAAGUGAUGCCAGGGUCUACGCUUGCAUAACAGAACUAGGUGUAGGAUUAACACAUGAACCCGGUUUUCACCAGGUUGAUUUAAGGGGAAAUGCCUUUGGCCUAUUGGCUGCACAUCCAUUAACACCCUUGUUGUCCCUGCAUCACUUGGACAACAUUGAUCCAAUUUUUCCCAACAUGACAAUCAUAAAAGCUCUGCAACAUUUAUAUGAAGCGGCUAAAGUUGAUUCCCAGAGGCUUCUACAACAAACAGUUUGUUAUGACAAACGGUUGUCAUGGACAAUCUCGGUGUCUUGGGGCUAUGCUGCCCAAGUGUUCCAUAACCAUUUGUCUUUGCCAGAUGUUGUCAGAGUUCAAAAAACAUUCAAGCACUGGACCAGAGGAACUGCUUUGGCAGACCAAUUUACUUUUGACACCAAAGAACUUCACACUGACCCAUGUAGAAGGCCCACCAUAUUCUAUUUGGAAAAUUUGUCCCGUGGUGAAGAUGGCAUAAUAAUAAGCAAUUACCGGAAAUCUAUCCAAAAUUGCUCAUCCAAUGUGGCACCUGAAGUUAUCAGAGUGGCCUCAAGUAAGCUAGAGCUUGGCAUCAAACAGUUGCUGGCUCAAAGAAGGCACUGUUGUGAUGUGUUGCCCUCUAGCGUUUCUGACCAAAUGGAGAUUGCAAUAAGGGAAUGCAAAGAGGAUGAAUUGAUUAGCAUGCAAUGAAAGAUUAUCAGAAAUCAGAAGUAUAUGUUAAAUCUGUCUUUAUACACCCAAGCAAAAUGCAUCAUAUAGAAAAACGUUACUAGAGCAUGUCAUAAGAUGGUUAUAAGGGCAUCAUUGAUCAUAUAAUUCAAUUUUUCAUGGAUGCUUGUAGUUGUAGAGCAACUUCGUAACUUGUUAAAAUUAAUGAUUUAGUGAUGUAAUUAGUAUGUAAUUUAAUUUCCUCCUCCUAUCUAAAGGUUGAGCAAUGCAGCUAUUAGCAUUAAGAGAUGGGGAAUAAUAGUGGUGAUUAAGCUUGUCCGUGCUUA